AUGCUUUCUUCUCGGUUCCUGUGUUGCAAUAAUUUUGUUAGACUCAUGACGGACGCUGAAAGCGGAGCAGCUGUGGCCACGCAAGAUGCACCAUUGCCCACGCCUAUCACACAGCAUUCCGCUCCUCCUACCUACUAUAAUGGGGGACCUCCAAUGCUCUCUCCAAUGAACUCACCGAUAUCCGCCUCAACGCCACAACAGUGUUCUUCGCUCCGCAGAAGAACGAUUUUUGCACGGCACGAACAAGUAAGACAGCGAAUGGUUGAAAAAUUCUUCCCUGGAGCCAAAAGAGCCGCUGAGCAAGGUCCACCAGUUCCCCCGUUCAUGCCCGCGCCACCAGGGAUGCCAGGAAUUCCACCUCCGCCAUUCAUAAUACCACCAGCUCCACAUGCUGCUGCUGCUAUCCCUAAGGAUGCGAAGAGAAUCAAAUUCAAUGACGAGGAUAGCGAUGAGAAUGAGCUGUUCGCAAAACUGCUCUACAAAAAGUUGAAGUCAAUUGCAAGCCGCAAACGUCUGGAAAUUUUGCAUGUGUCCAUUAUGGAAAUGGUGAGACAGGCUCAAGAAGAAGAUGAAAGAGAAAGGGGUGUGAGAGUGCGCGCACUAGGCUUCAAUGCUAUUCAAUACUAUAUUCCAUGGAAUUUUCAUGAAAUCUAUGAGGGAAAGUAUAAUUUCUCGGGCAUGCGUAAUUUUACCGAGUUCUCCCGCAUCGCCUACGAACUAGGAAUGUAUUCGUUGGUAAGAGUAGGACCGUACGUUUGCGGUGAAUGGGAGAACGGUGGAUUGCCAUGGUGGUUGCUAAAUAAGAAUAUAACGGAUAUGAGGACUAGCGAAAGCGGAUUCAAAAAAGCCGUUGAUAAAUGGUACUCUGUUCUUCUGCCACUGAUCAAGCCCUUGAUGCGGCACAACGGUGGCCCAGUUUUAAUGCUUCAAGUAGAAAACGAGUACGGUAGCUACAAGGCUUGUGACAGGGACUACACAAAAUGGUUACGAGACCGAAUAUGGUACUAUGUGGGAAAGGAGUCUGUGCUUUACACUACUGAUGGUAACUAUUUGGCGGAUCUCAAAUGUGGUUCUGUUCCUUACACUCUCACUACGGUUGAUUUCGGCCCGACGUCAAAUGAGAACAUUAACAACUCUUUCAUUCUGCAG